AUUUAUUUAUUAUGAGAUACUUUAACCUGCUCUUAAUUGAUUUCAAUGAAAACACAAAAGGCUUUAACAGACUUUAAAAUGUCAGCUUGCAGUUACGCUUGUUGUAUUUGUUCAUUUUGAUGAACUGUAUUAUCUACUUAAACUAUUAUAAUGGAUCCAUUUAGAAGGUCAAGUGUUAUUCCAAAUAAAGAUGAAUAUUUGGAUAAUGCACAGACAUUUAACCGAACUUCAAAAAUGUUUGAAGAAUUUCUACAUAGUUUUGAACAGUAUGAUAAGGAAGAACAGCACAAGAGACGUGAUUCAUCAUCUUUAAGUGACUGUGUUAAGGUACCUAGGAGAAGAGUAUAUGUCAAACAAAGUUAUUUUCCUGUUGAUGCAUCAUUUGUAAAGGCUAAUCCAAACCAUAUUUACAUAACUGAUGUAAACGGACAUUUGUACAUUGUAAAGUAUAAAGCAGUUAGAUGGUGAAAUUAUUUUAUAUGCUAAUUAAUCAUUACUUGUUUUGAAGAAUAUUCUUACUUUUAAAAACAGUAAAGUAUUAACUUAAACUUACCAAAUUCAAUUAAAUGUAGACCUAUAAAAAUAUCUCCGUUUUCAUUAAACCACUGUGGACUAUCCAUCAACA